CCCGGUCCGUACAGAACGAGGUGCUCCCCAUGUCUCGGAGCGAGGUGCUCCCCGUGUCCCGGGCCGUAGGGAGCGAGGUGCUCCCCGUGUCCCGGUCCGUACGGAGCGAGGUGCUCCCCGUGUCCCGGUCCGUACAGAACGAGGUGCUCCCCGUGUCUCGGAGCGAGGUGCUCCCCGUGUCCCGGUCCGUAGGGAGCGAGGUGCUCCCCGUGUCCCGGUCCGUGCGGAGCGAGGUGCUCCCCGUGUCCCGGUCCGUACAGAGCGAGGUGCUCCCCAUGUCCCGGUCCGUACGGAGUGUGGUGCUCCCCUUGUCCCGGUCCGUACGGAGCGAGGUGCUCCCCGUGUCCCGGUCCGUACGGAGUGUGGUGCUCCCCUUGUCCCUGUCCGUACGGAGCGAGGUGCUCCCCGUGUCCCGGUCCGUGCGGAGCGAGGUGCUCCCCUUGUCCCGGUCCGUACGGAGUGUGGUGCUCCCCUUGUCCCGGUCCGUACGGAGCGAGGUGCUCCCCGUGUCCCGGUCCGUGCGGAGCGAGGUGCUCCCCGUGUCCCGGUCCGUAGGGAGCGAGGCGCUCCGCGUGUCCCGGUCCGUAGGGAGCGAGGUGCUCCCCGUGUCCCGGUCCGUACGGAGCGAGGCGCUCCGCGUGUCCCGGUCCGUAGGGAGCGAGGUGCUCCCCGUGUCCCGGUCCGUACGGAGAGAGGUGCUCCCCGUGUCCCGGUCCGUAGGGACCGAGGUGCUCCCCUUGUCCCGGUCCGUAGGGAGCGAGGUGCUUGGAUAUUCACUUGGGUUGUCCACUUCCGUACGAUCCUGUCUGACUCUCUGCAAUUCCUUUUCAUUCUGUUUUGCUUCCCAGGUUUCCCAUUCUCUGUGACACCUCAUGACAACCUCCCCGAUGAGGAUACGCUGCUCCCUAAAGGUCUCUGGGAUACCAGGAAGGUCCAGAGCGUGACGUCACGGCCGAGAUCCUGCGAGGUCCCUGGCAUCAAUAAAGCCCAGCCACUGUUUGCUGCUCACCCUUUGGAAGAUAUGGAGGAGUCCAUGAGCUGGGCACCACCGGCCCAGCACAAAGAUGAGCUGUGGAGACGGGCCACAAAGAAGGGCAUCUUCCCAUCACCGGAGCAAGCCAGCAGCAUGUCCCACGUUUCUGGAGCACUGAACACAGGCGGGUCUCUCCCAGAUCUAACAAACCUGCACUUCCCAUCUCCGCUGCCCACCCCACUCGAUCCUGAGGAGUCGGUCUUCUCGAGUAUCAGUGGAGGCAACAGCACAGGCAACCUCACCACGACCAUGACCCACCUGGGAAUCGGUGGGGGGUCCCUGGCAAUGGCCUCCAACUAUGAGUCAGCAGGGGGGUUGUCCUCUUCAUUACAGGGGUCUCUGAGUAACAUGUCUCUGCAGUCCUCGCUCAGUAACCCGUCACUGCAGUCCUCACUUAGCACCCAGUCACUCAGUAACUCAUCACUGCAGUCCUCUCUCAGUAACCCCUCCCUCCAGUCCUCUCUCAGCAGUUCCUCCCUUCGUACGUCGCUCAGCAACCCGUCGCUUCAGUCACCGACGGGUAACCCUCCGCUGCAGCCCGCGGUCAACGCUGCCUCCAAGCAGUCUCCGCUGAGCACCUCGUCGCUGCACGGUUCGCUGAACAGCUCACUUCCGCCUGGCUCCAUCAGCACAUCGCCUCGGAGGAGGGUCCCACUCAACCCUCUCGUCCUGUCCGGUGGUGAUUCCAGGAGGACCCACAGCAAGCAAUUCUCACCCACCAUGUCUCCCACCCUCUCCUCCAUCACGCAGGGUAUUCCCUUAGAUACCAGCAAUCUUUCAAUUGACCAGCGACUGCCUCCAUACUCCUACUGUCCACAAGCUUACCAACAGUCCCAGCAGCAAGGCUACCAGCAAUCCCAGCAGCCAGCAUACCAGCAGACUCAAUCCCAGCAGCCAACAUACCAGCAGAAUCAAUCCCAGCAGCAAGGCUAUCAGCAAUCCCAGCAGCCGACAUACCAGCAGACUCAAUCCCAGCAGCAAGGCUACAAGCAAUCCCAGCAGCCAACGUACCAGCAGACUCAAUCCCAGCAGCCAACGUACCAGCAGACGCAAUCCCAGCAGCCAACAUACCAGCAGACGCAAUCCCAGCAGCCAACUUACCAGCAGACUCAAUCCCAGCAGUCAACGUUCCAGCAGUCUCAAUCCCAGCAGCCAAAUUAUCAACAGCCCCAGCUCUCCCAGCAGCCAGGCUACAAACAGUCUCAACUAUCCCAGCAGCAGACGUACCAACAGUCCCAACCAUCCCAGCAGCAAGGCUACCAGCAGUCUCCGAAAACCAGCCUACCCCAGCGGCAGCAGCAGCAGCAGGAGCCCUCCUCACGUUGUGUUCAGUCUGACAGCAACCUUGUCAGUCGGACUUCACUGCUGAAUAAGUUCUUUGAAGAUGCUUAUUUUGAGCAGCAGCUCUCAAACCAGCCCACAGGUGGCCUGUCUCACCAGCUUGGGUCGUGCAGCACGGACAGGUUGGUUGCUCACGUGCCAUUGAACAUGAACACGUUGUGUGGAAACACUGGGAGCAGCAGUUUCCAACAGGCAGCGAUGGUGGGCCUGGUAGACCGCAACGAGAGCCUGCAGGAUUCACAGCUUCUGAACAAGCAGAACAUGUACCCCUCCAAUCAAAUGGCCACAAUCCCUGAUAUCAUUCUCACAGGUGACUCCCCUCCUGAUUUCUCGAAGGAGAUCACCAGUGCUCUGGCUGGUGUGCCCGGCUUCGAAGUGGAUUCCCAAUACCCUUUGGAUGACGAGCUCAAGGUGGAGCCCCUGACUCUGGAUGGACUGAGCAUGCUCAGCGACCCCAACCUCACCCUCCUGUCGGACCCCACGGUGGAGGAUUCGUUUCGAAAUGAGCGUCUGUGAUAGCGGGGGCAAUGGGAGAGACUGAUGGGGGAAGGUGCAGUAGGGAGGAACCUGCUCCCUCACUCCCCCCCCCCCAGCUUGGUGCCCAGCUUGGUGGGGGGGGGGGUAGGUGAAUGACUAUGUGGAGGUCAUGUGGCCGCGGGCACUGGGAGCCAUGCAGACUGAAGUAACGGCCCUCUGUGGGGAGCCUGACAAGCUGGGGCACCAGAGCUUUGGAUCUCAUCCCAUUGUCACUGUGCACGGAUUAGUCCCAGCUUCACGCUGUACAGCGAGCUGCCUGACCCCAGGGUGCCUGUAGCUGACCCCCAUCACUGAUGGGGAGAGGGGUUGUUAUGAGAUUUGGAAAACACACACACAGACGAGUACAUGAGCACAAACACGUGUGCACACACACCACACAGACACACACACACACACACACAGAUGAGU